AUGGACGCCGCCAAGUCAAGUUCGUUGACGACUGGCCACGAAUUCUGGGUUCUGGCAGUGGAGCGGUACCUGCUGGUCGAGGCCCGCGUCUACCGAUACGACGUGACUGUGUGUGGCGGGGCACUCAACACGUGGGCUCCACUGAAGUGUCUCCUCGCCCCGCAUUUGAACCAUUUAGUGCAGAGAAACGACCUGCGCUCCGGCUGCCGGCUCAGGGUGGCACAGUUGUGGGUGCGGGUGGACGGUGUGACAGUAAUGGAGGGAGUCGAAGUGCUGAGAGCCUGCACCCCUCCCGCUCUUCUGACAGCGGUUGUACCCGUGUCCCGCCCUUUACUCUGCCCCUCCAGCUGCUACCUCCCACUUUGGGAGGAAAGUGACUAUUAUGGGGAGGAGUGGGCUGUGCAAGCUUUCAGCCAUGAACAAGUCAGAAUGGAAGGUCUGAGAAUAAUCACGCUAAAGGAGUUAGUAUUUGCAUGGAGAAGAAGAUUGAAAUUGGCCCCACUGUUGGUGAGAAUAAUGUGUAAAUCCAGAUUACAACAUUAUGGAAAAACUGCCAAGUACAUUGAUUGGCCUUAUCAGGCAUGCAUUAAAGUUGCUGACUCUUCAGGUAUGAUGUCUGUCAUUCUGUGGAACUCAUUAUGCCCAAAACUCUUCAGGAGUUUAGAGGUUGGGACAGUAAUACUUAUGCAGCAAUACUCUGUGAAGGUUGCACAUCACAAGAGAAAUCAUCCUAUUUUGUACUACCCAGACAUGAAAAUCUAUAAUGAAAUAGAUAUUUAUUUAAACCCUUGGAAACCUACAUCUGAUAUUAAGGUUAUUCCAUCAAAACAAAUUAAACCUAAGUGGAAACUUCCUGAUAUUAAGUAUCAGUUUAUUACAAGGGAUAAGCUUGACAUUGUGCCUAAUAGUUAUAUUUGUGAUGUCAUAGGCCUUGUCACCUUUGUAGGAAGAUGUGAAAGAAUCAGAAAGUCAGAAGACAGUGAUGAUUUUAGGGUUCGACGAUUUAUUGAAAUGGUCGAUGAAACUAGUGCAAAACCAUUUAUUCUAGAACUUUAUUGCACAUCUCAACCAGAAAUUUACAGACAGCUACAUCCAGUGACUUUUUUAGUGUGCACUCGGAUGAGAGUUGUAAGGAACAAAUUCAAUAGCAUUACCUAUUUGACUUCAUCCCAUGAGACUCAAAUUUAUAUCACAGGUUAUCACAAGGGAAGACCAUAUAGAACUGACAAUACAGUCAAAAGAUUUCUAAAUUGGGCAAAAUUGCAAAAUGAAAAAGAUUUUCUGGAAAGUUCCCUGGUGGGAGGAUAUUAUUCUUUUCCUCCUCUCCCUUCAAGCUUCCUGACCUACAUCCAAAAUAUGAAAGCUGAUUUUAUUAAAGUAGUAGAAUCAGAAGUAGGCCAAGUGGCUAACAGAACCAGCCUCGCUAUUCACCAAGAACAUGGAUAA